GGCCCAGACAGACCGCCGUCAUAUAGCUGGAAUGUUGCUGAGUGUGGUGUUAAACAACAAACAUCAAACCCCUGUAUUCUUUACGCAUCUGACCGCCUCCCCACGGUCUAGUGGAUAGAGCGUCCGCCCGAAGAGCGGAAGGUCGGGCUCGAUCCCCGGCCGACACAUUCCAAAAGGCGUUAAAAGAUGGUAUUUGUUGUUCAAUGCCUGGUGCUCGGUAUCAAGGGGCUAAAAUAAGGACCGGUACUUCUCGCGUGUUUUCGGAACUCGGCUCUGUUCUCUUCAGAUCGCAUCCCGUCACACUUCCUGGACACACACCUGAUACCAUCGGUAAGUCGGUAGCCUCGUGUCAAAUACGUCAGCGGUUGUCACAUUAAACAAUGGUUGAAAAUGGUUUGCAGCUCUGAUUUGAUAGCAAUGUGAAUUCUUGGUAAAAGCUUAUAGUUCAGUUUCUUGGUAAAGGUGAUCUACUUUCGCUUUCGGUGUCCUUUCAUACACUCUUACAAAUUGUCCUUUCAUACACUGUUACAAAUAUAUAGAGCACUAUCACUCAUACACUGAUCGCGUUUUCAUACACUGUGUUGCCAAGCUGACCAUCCGCUGUAAAGCGGACACUAAGCCAUCUGCUGUAAAGCAGAAUGGAUAAACUGGUUCCUGCUGUAAAGCGGGCAACCCUAUCCUAUAUAAUUUAUAAUUUGGGAUGUAUCCCAAGACGCCAAAUGUAACUUGUAAUGCGGUCCACCAGCACCCCGCAACAAGCACCGAGGUGCUUCCCCACAUGUAAUCUAUUAUUAAACAUGUCACCACCUCACGAAGGUUAUGACAUGAUAGACAAUCAAAUAAUACAUUUAGGAGAUAUCGUGAUUAGAAAUUAAACAUGGCAAUGGAUAGUAAUUACAGAUAAUAACCAACACAACCAUUUUCAUAGGAAUUGCAUUUUUUCAUUAGCCAUCUGUAUAAAAAGAAGAAAUUGUAUUCCGCUUUAGUUCCACAUUACCACUGUUAUGCGCUGCUACACUUAGCAACAAAUGGCGGGUAUCGAGUCACUGCCAUUGGCGCAUUGCAGAACGGAGUAGAAAUUUUAAAAAACACAAGAAUUGCAGAUGAUUUUGCUCUUAUUCAAUGUCUGUCAAUUAAACACAUACGCUCGUAGUUGCAUGCGAUAGAUAUAAUUCUAUAUGGUGUACUGUAUUUAUCAGUACUGUACUCGACAAACGAGCAAUGUUUUCUCUCCAACACUGUAACUGGUCAAUGUAACAUUUCCCAUAACGAGUUUCAUUGCUAUGAUUUGUCCGACAAUCGCAGCAACAAGCCGCAUUGGUUGAUAAGAGCGCCUAUUCACUAAAAAAAAAAUCUUCAAUGGCCUUAUCUAACUUCCUCUGAGGAACGGAUAAACACAGAGUGUUUGUAUCUAUGUGAAUACCUAGCUACUCCAUGAACUACGAAGGUGACCGUUGUGAUUUUUCGAAUUUGGGUACAAAUCCCGACUUGAUCAAGUCUUCUUUUGUAGCCUCGCCAGACGAACGAGUACUAAGUUCCAACUGAGCUGAUAAAAGACCGUCUUCUAAAAAGGAACCGGAUAUACCGUUCAUAUGGCUGGACCAGUGGACCCUCGCCAGAGACUGAAGGAUAGUCUGAGUGAGGUCCCCAGCUCUCUUCAACUCGACUACAUCAUCAACAUCAAAAAGGCAAAAUGUGUCUGCAUAUUGGACCGCAUCCAGUCAGAAAGAUUACUGCCAUGUGGGUUUGAAGAAGAACAAAUCAGACGAGAUAAUUUCUUAUCAUUACUUCAUUUCCACACAAAUCAAAAAGAGAAAGCUUCAGAAAUAAAUUCUAGAGUUUGUGAAAAUGUCCCAACUAAUAUAACAGCAUUAGUGAAUAAAACCAUAAUGAAAAUGGCGACUGGACAUGAGCAUGCCUCCCAAGAAGCCGUCAGAGAGCUGGAUAAAUUGAGAGGACGAGAUGACUACAAACAGUUACUAGCUGUAGCCACAGCAGAGCAGGCAUACUGCAUGUCUCGCAUAGGGCCUCACCUCUAUGUCAAAGCAAUUGAUCUUUAUGAAAAUGCUCUUAAUGAAUGUCCUGACCAGUACCUGUGGAAAUUCGGUUGUGCGUUAACUUGCAGGAGAUGCUUAGGGAUGCCUAAAUGUAUUGAGAACAUGACACCAGAAAGAGUUAAAGUGUUUUGCGAAAGAGCCGUACGAUAUCUUUCGGAAAUUACUAUCAACUGCAAGAAGCAACUUCUGAUUGCAAAAGCGUUUGUGGAGUUGGGUGACCUGUACCUAAAACUGGAGAAGCCUGCUUACCCUUUAACUCAGCAGAUUGUUGACCAAGUCAUAAUAGAAGGUCUAUCAUUGACUGCAGAGCAAUGCCUUGAUACAGCCCUUGAAACAAUCAAAGAGGCCUCUCUCGAAGAUGACUUCGUUCUUGGAAGAUGUGGCAAACUUCUGCCUUUGGUCAGACACCACUCUCCAUAUCUUCAAACUUUACAAGACUGUCACGAGUUACUUAAGAAAGCAUAUGCAAUCCGACGUACUCCAUUCAUUUGUGAUAAUCUAGCAAAGAUAUUACUCAAAUUGGCAGAGCAGAGCUUUGGCGGUGGUGGUGAUGGUGGUGGACGUGCACGUGGUCGCGGUCGUGGUCGUGGUCGUGGUCGUGGUCGUGGUCGUGGGAAGUAUGGAUAUAGAGAGCAUCGGGAUCACAUAGGAGGCAAUGAACUGUCAAACAGAGAUCAAUAUGAUAGAAGCGGGGGCACCUGCAGAGGUGGUUACAUGGGGGAACCUCAGAGUGCACUUGUCCUAAAGAUGCAAGGGAGCAGUGAUCAACAUCUCAUGUCUGACAGUGACACAACUGAUCUGACUUCUGAGAUUGCGGAACUCUCAUUCCACAACAACCAUUCACAACGAAACAACCCGCGAAGAGGAGGGUCUCCUAGGAAGCUUUCGAAAUUCCUCAAUUCUCCAAAACACUUAACAAAAAAACCUGGUCACCCACGUCUGACCGAGGCUGUAUGCUAUCUUCAAGAAUCAGUUGCUAUGACGAAGGAAUGCAAUCUCACCGCCAUCUAUGACUUAGGAUUAAACUAUAGGCGACUUGAUCAGGUGGAAACUGCAGUGGAGCAGUUUCGCAAGAUCAUCUCUGAUCCCAAUGCUUCACCUUAUUACAAGAGUACUGCCUAUGAACAGAUUGGCUUUUGUCUGUUGGAGAUGAGUAAAGGAAGACAAUAUAGUGACGUGGAAAAACUGAACUUCAGAGAGGAGAGCAAGAUGAUGAUGAGGCGAUCCAUAGAACAGACAGUCCUUCUUGUCGCUCGGAUUCCCACAAUGGGAAAAGAGGAUUUCAACUCAUGGCAAGCACUGCCUACUUUGAAACAGCUUCUCACGAACGAGCCCAACCAGCCUGAGAGUAUCCAGGAAAUAGCUAGAAUGUGUGCAUUAGUUGGUGCCCACAGAGAUUCAAUAGAGUUCUAUAAAAAACUGCUGCUAUUGAAACCAGGUGAACCUACAUUACUUUCUGCAGUCAUUAAACAAUACAUGUGUUUACGUGAUUUUCACAAUGCCCGGUCAUGUCUACAACUUCUGUUGUGUACACGUGAAGGAAAACAGAUGGCCGACAAAGAACAAUAUUUAGUUUACCAAGUUUAUCUUGGGAUUGCUAAACAUCUUCUUGACUCAGAGUCAACUCCUACAAGCAAGGAUGAUAUAAGGUCCUGUUUUCAGAGUGCUUUCACACACAGACAUGGGCGCACUUCUGGUGAGGAUGACGAGGGCUGGGACGUCUUUGUACUUGAUGACCCCGGACAGACAGAUGCUGAGGCAGCAGCCAUCAAGUCAUGGUUUGGGGGAACGUGCGGCUUGUCUGUAACUCGGAACACUGAUGACGUUCUUGGCUAUGAACUUGAAUUCACCGCAGAACUAAAUGUAAUGAAUAAAAGCAAAUGUUUGGUUGUCCUGUUGGGCAAAGCGACUGCUACCAAACGACUAGAGACUCUUGUUGCUAUCUCCCGCACAUGUGACGGCUUGGAUGUGAUAGUUCCCGUACUGACCUGUCCAAGAACAGUUUUGCCGACCUUGAAAGACAAACGUCCAGUAGAGUUAUCACCAGACUUUCUGACAUGUCAACGUUCUCAACAACUCAUGAAUAUGUUUUUAUCUAUCCUAAAGCUGAAUUAUGCCAAAUUUGCAUGGUUGGAUGAAAACAAUUAAACAUUGAAAAACAAUAAAGCCAUUUGCAAUGACAUUUACCUACAGUAUCCUGAUUUUAUCAAUGUGUAUAGUUUUCGCUCGUACAUUUUGCAGCUUUGUGUUCGGUGUUGAUGGUAGACGCAUAAGAUCGAAAGAUGCUUGAGCUGUCAAAAGAUGACUGUAGGCUGCGCUGUCGACGAGUGUCUGUGGAUAUCACUGCCAAUAUAUGUCUGUGAAUCAAGCAGCAAACAGGUGUCUAUGGAUAUGGCUGCCAAACAGGUGACUGAAAUCGGGUUGCCACAAUCUGACUGUAGACGGGACUGCAAGUGGGUGUCUUUGGAUCGGCCUACCAACAUGUGUCUGUGAAUCAUGAAGCCAGUGGGCGUGUGGGGAUAUGGCUGCCUGCAGGUGUCUGUGGAUCGGGCGGAAUGGACUAUGAAAGUCAUCUUUCGUUCUUCUCAGGGAAAUGCGGCACAGUGAGUGGGCUAGUAAAUGAAAUGUUGACACAUUUUGCAUAAAGCUAUGGUCAUUCACUCAUAGGGAUGAAACGGUAGCCGGGUACUGGAGUAUGAUUAGGGUAGAGCCACUCCUGGAGUACUCGUGAGCGUUAUCUCCCUUGGCAUACAUGUGUUAUACCAUUUGAGAGAUAUGACGUAUGGUCAUAUUGUAAAGUGUCUGGGGACAAAUUGAAACCUGUAUGUUCGCUUUGUGGCGUACACUUGUCUUUUAAAGGCGGCACCAUUUCAACGAUGAGAAACCAUCGCCAAAUGCAAAACAAUCGACUCAAAACAAUCUUCACCAAGAAGGUCACAUAGAGCACACUACACGGGAUUGGUGGUAAUAAAUGCACGUGUUUCAUUAUUCAACUAAAGGACCUUAUCAUACCAGGUGUAGUAACUAUAUAAUCAUAAGCAUACAUAAUGACGAAAGGGGGAUUCGAACCCACGAUCAUAGGUUUCUGGCGUGCUCAAGGGAUGCAACUUCACAGCGAUUUGCGGCGCCAUUCGAUGACUGGGCCGUGUCCGCAUUACUGAUUAGAAAAUAGUGCCAUGGUGUCACCGUGGAUCACAUGUCACGGUUCAGUGCCGCUAUGUUCCCAUUUGUCAACACUUGCCCCUUUCCGUAACCCGCAUUCGUCUUGUCCCGGAAUAACACGAAUUGGUCACGAAUGGCUAUGUUCCCCGACUUUAUGUCCGGCACCGCUCUGUGAUCUCCGGCGGCCGCUAUUGUAUUGUGUGUGAUCAUUUGGUGUUCGAGAAUUAGUGGCCCACUUAUUUUUCGCUCUUAUAAUGUAAUGUUACUCUCCAACUAUGUAAUGACUUGAUGUAUGUUGUCUCUCAUAUGUUCACCACCAUAUUCUUGUAUUGAAAAUGUUUUCUAUUUAUGACUUGCAAACAUUAGGGGAAUUUAUAUCUACAUUCAGAUAUUUAUCAUGUAUUUAUGGUUAUUUUUGUACAUAGCUUGUUGUGAAUCUUUAAUAAAACCGUUGGGUAGUUUAUGUUCAGCGCUUUAUUUUGAUACUUACAUCUCCAGUGUAGAUAUAGAGUUAUAGUAGUUUUCCCCGGGUUUAAAAACACACCUUAGCUUCGCCUAGUCUGGUUGUUAUGAGUUUAGUUACUAGGCUUUGUAAUACUCAGUUUGUCUAGUAAUCCGUGGAUAACCAACUGUCCCGUGAUUUCUAAACUCUUAGUAACUAGUGUUUCCAAUACUCUGUUUUCUAGUAAUCUGUGGAUAACCUACUUUCCCGUGAUUAACUAGCUAUUUGGAAACCGGGUCCAUAUCUUGUCAAAGUGUUGUUUAAGCUACCUUUUUACAGCUGUAAUACAGUUUGGCUAAAACUUGAUUGUAUAUUUGCGCAGAUAGAAUUACUUAGUGAUCUAUGUGAGCGCAGAUUUUAUUUAAUAUUUGUCAACUAUUAGUACAAUUAGUUGUUAUUUAAUAAACCUGUGAACCUGUUA